AUGAUCUUGUGCCUGAAGGUUUCAAAGCUGUUUUAUGAAAUUUUUAUUUAUAAUCUUUUUUAAAUAAUGUGCAUCCACAAUAUCCAAAUCACCAAAAAUAUCAACAAAGUUCAAAAUUCUAGUAGUUCAUAAAAGGUUUUAUAAUAAGAAAAAACUCCCUUCACCUUCUAUCGAAAAAAUCUUAUUGAACUUUUAUUUCAUUAAGAAAGCGAAAUUUAAAACUAAGUUUAAUUUGUUUAAGAAACUCAUUUAAAGAAAAAUAAAUUUUAAUGUUGUCAAUGGCAAUAAUCCCUAAUAAAAUACAAGAUUUUAGAGCCAAAAUUAUCAAAGGAAUUAGAUGAGAAAUAUGUAUUAACCUUAUGUGAUUCAAAUAGUCAGACUAAAAGAUUCAAUAAAGAUUAUAAUCUAAUUCCACUGAUGGAUCUUUUGUUUUUUAUGAAGUAAUCUUACCUAUUACAUACUAUAGGAAGAAUAAUUUGCUCAUAUCACACAAAAUUAAAGAUAAGUAUCUACAAAAGAAGUAAUUUUUUUUAAUUACAUUUCAAUUAAAGCAGAAAAAACUAUCAGAUUUACAAUUUAAUUUAUUAUGUCUAAGCUAUAAUAUUUCAUUUUAAUUAUAAAUAUUAACAAAUUGUUUUCCAAAUCUAAACCUGAACAACUAAAAGACAAUGGCCAUUUUAGUGUUUUCGAAUAAAGUAUUACUUUUUAAAUGUUUGAAUAAUUUAAGAAUAUCUCACAUAUAUAUAAAUAGUAUAGAUUUAGAUUUGCAUAAAAUUAUAUAAAAUUUUGA